AGUUAAUUACGAACUCAGGCUACUAAUUAUCUACAUGUAGUAAUUACCAAGUACAUACUUAGGGUAGUACAUGUAAACUUCAACGAUCAAUGGUCAAUCUUCAUAUGUUAACCUUGAACAUUGAAGUAAUGCGACAAAGAAAAAGAAGAAGGAAAGAGAAGAUUGAACCCCUAUUAGAAUUCCACGAAAUUCACAUUAGCUUAAUCCCAAACAAGACUACCUAGGUACGCUGCUUGCGUCACAAAUGCUUCAUGGUCUUCAUACUACUCUAGUACAGUAGGUAUUCCUUGAGCAGCAGCCCAGCCCAGCCCAGCUACCCGCGACAAGAUACUGUUCCUAGCGGGAACACCUCCAGCGCAUCCUCAUGACGAAAGAGUCGGCCUCACCGUCGCGAAUCCAAAUAUCUUUACCCUUCAAGCCUCCACCAUAUAGACGUGGCAGUGGCCCUCCGCUGGCGCCUAUUGGAAUAUUACCCGAGCAUGACUCGGACGCGUUCAUAUUCGACAAGCGCGUCGUGUACGACAAAACCUCCAAAGGCGAACUAAAGAUGCAGGUGUACUACGACAUUGGAUGGCCAGACCUACCAGCAGCACGCGCGUCUGUUGUUGCGACCAAAAUACACGAGUAUGUUUCGCCUCGAGCUUUGGAGGACUUCGAAUACAAGGCGUCGCUCGAGAGAGACGAGGAGGCUGAAAGGGAGGAGGCAAGGAAAAAGCGCAAGCUAGAGAUCGCAGCAGAGAAAAGAAGGCUGAAAUACAGGGCUGCAACGAAUGCGACGAAUAUGAGGAAUACAACGAAUGCAGUGAAUUCUUCCUAUACGCCAACAGUUUCGAGUAAAAAACGACGUGGUCGACCAAGCAAAGCAGAGCUACAGGCACGUCAACUUACGCAACAGGCCAAAUUUGAUAAAUCCCAGAAUAUUGAGGCCAUAUUACCUCCCGCCAGUACCUCUGGCCUAUCUUUAUCCACACCACAAAAGAAGCCUACUAGAGAGAUACCGACUGAUAUGGAGGAGGAUGUUGAGGAGGCUGACGAAUGUAUGCCACCAGAUGAUGUCCCCGAGACUAUCACUUCAGGCUCCAAAGUCAGGUCGUAUGCCAGGACACUAUGGCUCAACAAGGACUCGACACUAUUUAGGCGUACUAACGGCAAGCUUGCCCUUAAGUCCUCUACGAGCUAUGUUCCGAUACCCAAUGUCCUCCAAUCUAAUAAGCAACUUUCUUCGCCGCCCAUAGAGUUGUCACUCUCUAAAAAGCCACCCCCGCCGCUAUCGAAGCAAAUAGACGCGCAGCACCCCUUGAAAACGCCCGUUCCAGUACCUACACCGCUCAGGCCCAUUAAGGACACCCGGCCCAAGGCUUCUGAUGUGCCAUCCGAGACGCCAGUCCCUGUUCCAGAACGGCCGCACCAAACGAGCAAAAUAGUUGAGCCGCCGCCUUUGCUCACAUCGCCCUCAGAGUUACCAAAAGGUGCAUCACCACAGCAUGACUUUACCCCCACGGGUCAAGGCUCCAACAAGCGGCGCUCUGAGAUAUUCAGCUCAAUACGCGAUAUGCCAGCCAAAUCUCCGCUCGAUGUUCAGGGGCAGCACUCAGUCCGCGAAGGAUCUUGCAAAUUAAAGAAACGCAAGGCGCAAAAACUGGAACCGGACCCGGAACUGAAAGAACGGAAACCAAAGAGGCGUGUAAUAGACGAAAUAAUAAGUGACGCAACAAUACGACGUGGCGGCAGAAACAUACGGUAUUUCUGGGUGCGCUGGACGGACGAUUGGCCAGGAUACCCGUACAAAUGGAUGCGCGAGGACAAGAUGCCGCCAGAUUCCGUGCAGAUUUAUCUUUCAACAAAGACAGAUGAGCCGAAGGUAGACAAGCCAAAGCCAGAUAAGCUUAUCGAAGCGAGUAAACACCAGCCUCCACCCAAUAAAGUGAUAAGGAAAGGUCUAUCGGCUAUGGACAAGGAGCGUCCAGGCUCGAUAGAGGCACCCGGGGCUGGUACAGCAGGGCCUGAAGAACGGAGACAGCAGACUAAAAGUCUGCCUACCAAGAGCAACAAGCACGCGUACACUCCUUUGGAAGACGGCAGCGAUAGUAAAGAUAUCCUAGCCAUUGCUUCCGAGGAAGGAACAAACUUGGCCAGCAAGCGAGCUGCGUCGAAGGCAAAACCAGCCCCGAAGCCUAAGGCUAAGAGAGAGCCAGGACUGCCUUCAUGAGGAACUUAGCUGCGGCUAUCAAUCCCAUAAGGAGUAAUAGUGAUAGAAAUGAGAGGGGGGGUUGGGCGAUGAUGGCUUGAAUAAGCUGAGCCGAGCUGAGUUCGGGAGUGAAGAAUGACUACUAGGGACCUACCUACCUACCUAACCUAGGUACUU